AUUGGUGGUACGCCUUCUGCUGGAAUAGUUCACGGUAUUUAGUAACCUGUAUUGUUGCAAGGUAAUUGUCAUGGCUUCGGAACGGUAUAGUUUCUCGUUAACAACUUUCAGCCCGUCUGGGAAGUUGGUGCAGAUAGAAUAUGCCCUGGCUGCAGUUGCUGCUGGUGCUGCCAGUGUAGGCAUCAGAGCGUCUAAUGGCAUUGUUCUUGCCACCGAGAAUAAACAUAAAUCUAUAUUGUACGAUGAACAUAGCGUGAACAAAGUGGAGAUGAUAACAAAGCACAUUGGUAUGACCUACAGUGGAAUGGGACCAGACUAUAGACUUUUAGUAAAGCAAGCGCGUAAAAUGGCACAGCAGUAUUUACUGGUUUAUCAAGAACCAAUACCCACUGCCCAAUUGGUGCAACGUGUUGCUAUUCUUAUGCAGGAAUACACGCAAUCCGGAGGAGUCAGACCUUUUGGAGUGUCUUUACUAAUCUGUGGCUGGGACAAUGGUAAGCCAUACUUAUUCCAAUGCGACCCUUCCGGUGCAUAUUUCCCAUGGAAGGCUACAGCCAUGGGUAAGAACUUCAUAAAUGGCAAAACCUUCCUUGAGAAAAGGUACAGCGAGGAUUUGGAGCUGGACGACGCUGUUCACACUGCCAUUUUAACUUUGAAAGAAGGUUUCGAAGGGCAAAUGACCGCGGAUAACAUAGAAGUUGGUAUUUGCGAUGCAAAUGGUUUCAGAAGACUAGACCCCUCUAAUGUCAAGGAUUACCUUGCUAAUAUCCCUUAAUUAUAAACUAUUUUUAUAUCGCUUUAAUGCAAUGAUCUUUGCACACUUGGAAACAAUAAAACUAGAUUCUUAUAAUAAAAUUUCCCGUUGAAAAUAA